AUGUUCCAAAUCCUCUCGGUCUUGGUGACUGUACUGGCUUUCGCAUCUAUUGCCCAAUCAACCGGUGUUAUAGUACCAUUAUAUGCCUGGCCAGGCACAGACGUCUGGAAUACAGUCUACGAAUCAAUCGCUGCACACCCAUCGACUCCAUUCUACCUAAUAGUCAACCCAAGCACUGGCCCCGGUGCAACAGAGUACCCAGAAGACGCCUACAUAACAGCCAUCGCAAAGCUAAACAGCUAUUCCAAUGCCAAAGUCUUGGGUUACACCUACACAAACCACGGCAGCCGCGCCAUCUCAGAAGUCGAAAGCGACAUUGCCACGUACGCAAAAUGGUCCACCUACGCAGGGACGGACAUCAGCGUCGCUGGAGUCUUCUUUGAUCAGACCCCCAGCGGCGAAGACCCGAGUUUUCUCCCAUACUUCCAGCAGUUAUCCUCAACCACCAAAGGCAGCAACUUGAACACGGUAGUCUUCAACCCAGGGGUGAAGAUUGUCGCCGAUGUUGAGGCGUGGUUCGCUGCUGCGGAUUUCAUUGUCGAGUACGAAAAUACGUAUACCAAUUGGCUUGCUUUGGCGCCUUCUGAGCAUUUCUCCGGGGAGGCGAACUACGCAAAGGAUGCUAUUAUCUUGAAUCAAACUCCUGCCGAUGCUAGUAUCGAUACCGUUGCUAAGCUUGCGAAGAAUCUCGGGCUGGGGGCUAUCUAUUUGACUUAUGACGAUAACUAUAUGGGUCUUACUUCUGUGUCUAAAAUUGCUGUUGCUGUUUCGCAGAGGAGAAAGGUUAAGCGCAGAGGGCAUAGCCAUCAGUAA